AUGGUCGGCCACGGCACCACAGGGAUGCUCGGUGAAGGCGAGUCAAGCUAUCGUCAUCCUCUUCGGUCUGCUAUCUCAACACUAAUCUUCACCAGCAUGGCAAUCAACUUCAAAGACGGCGUGAUCUUGGGCGCAGAUAGCCGAACAACCACUGGUGCUUACAUUGCCAAUCGAGUCACCGACAAGCUGACACAGGUGCACGACACCAUCUGGUGCUGCCGGUCGGGCUCGGCAGCCGACACUCAAGCCGUGGCAGACAUUGUCUCCUACCAUCUGAACAUGUAUGGCGUCACCAACAACGAAGCCCCGACCACACAGGUGGCGGCGUCGCUGUUCCAGGAACUGUGCUAUGAGAACAAGAACAUGCUGAGUGCGGGCAUCAUCAUUGCUGGAUAUGACCCGCGGCACGGAGGCCAGGUGUACUCGAUCCCGCUAGGCGGCUCCCUUCACAAGCAGUCGUUUGCCAUUGGCGGCUCUGGAUCCACCUACAUCUACGGCUAUACGGACGCGCACUGGCGAGAGAAUAUGACGGAGCAAGAGGGCAUUGACUUUGUGCGCAGCGCGCUGCAGGAGGCGAUCAAGUGGGAUGGCAGCUCUGGCGGUGUUAUUCGGCUGGUGGUGCUCACCAAACGCGGCGCCGUCCGGCAUCUGUACCUGCCGGAUAACGGCUACACGGGGCCCGGGGCGACGAAUUAA